GUUUCGGAUACCCCAGACUGUUGUACCAGCCGUCGAACCGGGGGACCUCCCAGGUUAUUUCACAGACAGACACUGUGGGACAUGCAUGGAGUUAAAAAAAAAAAAAAAAAAAAAAAACUGUGAUUUUCAAAGUGAAGUUCCUCUAAUGAGACUGAAAACUUUGACUACUCACGGUUGGUGACAAUAAGAGCAAAACAAAACACUGCACAGAUACUCCAACCCGGUUUACGCAAAUCCAUUGAUGCGAGAGAUGCUUCUCAGCCAAGAGGAGUGAAGGACCCCUGACAAGUCAAAGCAAAGACCAGGAGCAGUGACACAAAGGGGGACCAGAGGUAUAAAAGAAGUGUAUGUUCCCUCAUCUUUCACACUUGACUCUCGUCGCUUCUUCAGUCUUUCAGAUUUGAGCUGCAUCCCUAAGAUCAGGAGCCACGAUGACUUUCUACGAUGACAUUUACCCAUUCUAUGUUUUACAAAGGACCUCCUUCAUCUUCAGUGGCCGCUUGCUCACCAUUAUUCUGGUUUUCCUUGUGCUAGCUGUCAGUCUUCUUGUCAUUCUGCCGGGGAUUCGAGGGAAGUCUAGGCUGUUCUGGAUGUUUAGAAUAAUUAUCAGCUUAUUCAUAGGUGUGGUGAUAGUUGCGCUCAACUUUACCAAUGACUGGGCUGAAGCCAGAAUGACCGCUAAUGCAACCUACAAGUCUUUCAGCAACGUUGUGGUUAAUGCUGAGAUUGGUUUGCAUGUUGGACUGUAUGGCAUUAAUGUUACACUCAAAGGCAAUCCUGUUGUACAGUUCAACGAGACAAUUGACUACAAUGAGAUGUUCAGCUGGCAAGAACCUAUGGAAGAAGAAUAUGAGGAGGCCUUGGAGAAAGGCUUACCCAACCCCAUCCUGUACAUUGCUGAAAAAUUCACCCUGGCCAGCCCAUGUGGUCUGAUCUACCAGUACAGAUACUCAGGCCGAUACGCCUCCGCAACCCUCUGGACUGCAUUUUGCUGCUGGCUGCUUGCCAACAUCCUCUUCUCCAUGCCUGUCAUUUUGUACGCUGGAUACAUGAUGAUGGCCACCUCUGCCUUUAUCUUCUUCUCUAUGGCCUCCUUCUCCACUAUCAUGAAUGUGCCUCAGUGUGUUUUCUCAAUCGGAACCAAAUCCUUUGUAACAGAGUACAGUCAUUCAUUCUGGCUGGCUCUGGCUACAGGUGUGUUGUGUGCCAUCAUUGGGAUUCUGGUGGUGCUGUUUUACGUUCUAGUACCAGAGAAGAUCAAAGAGGCUUUCAGCGUUGGUGUUGAUAUUUAUGAGGAUGAGGACGUUUCUUAUGGGGAGGGAUACAUCAAUACAAUUUUCCUUGAUGGAGUGACAAUCUCACCAGUGACAUCAAAACUCAAAGGGGAACAUAUAUGAGGCCAUCCAGUUUUCCCUCAGGAAACUCCAGACAAUACUUGAAAAUACACUUUUGCUAAAUGUGUUACAGAGGAAUUUUUCACUCAUGUUAAUUAUCUUAUUAUGUCUGUAUGAGCCUUUAAGUGUUGUCUUAACAUUACUGUAAAUAGUUAUAUUUGUUAUGUACAUUGUCAUGUUACUGUAGCUGUAAAUGCAAUGUAAAGUUGUAUGGGAUCCAUACAAUGUGUAUAUAACCUGAUCAUUAUGGAUUAUUACAAUUUACUGUUGGAUAGUCUCUUCAGGAAUAUUGUGUCUGGUUUGUCUGUAAGCACUUGUGUUGCAUCCUAAUAAAAAGAAAACAAACAGCCAUUCAGCAGUGAAA